GCGAGUACGUCAUCUGCGACUGACAGACCAUGUGCUCCGCAGAACAGGAAUAAUAACACACGCAUGUAAACAAAUCCAAAACUGAAAGCACCAACAAGAUAUUUUAUGCUUAUCGCAUCAAAAUUAAGUCGAAAUCCCCAUGUCAUCAUCACCAGUGUGAAGAAUUUGGUUAGACGGCAGAGUCGAGGGGUUGUUUCGCGGUGGACAGGAUUGGAGGAGCAGGAAUCAAAAUUUCUUGCCAUGGCUGAUUCGGAGCCACGUGAACCCGAGGCCUGCAUCACGGAGCCGGAGGACCAGGUAAAAGUUAUCAGCGAAGGACAGGCCAAGAUAAUCGUCAGAGGCCAGAGCAAAGUCUUUUAUAACCCGGUUCAAGAGUUUAACCGUGACAUCAGUGUAGCGAUUCUAAAUUUGAUUGCCGAGGACGUCCUGAAUGAGCAGAUCGCGAAAAAUGAGACUUCAAAGCCCUCAUUUCGCAUUCUUGAAGCACUGUCAGCGACUGGACUGAGAAGCAUUCGCUAUGCUAAAGAAAUCAGCGGCGUGACGGAGGUAAUCGCCAACGACUUGUCCAAGCACGCGGUCGAAAUGAUCCGCCAGAACGUGCAGGAUAAUAAGAUCGAGAACGUGGUCACUCCAAACCACGCUGAUGCGACGUUAUUCAUGCACCAACAUAGAAACGAAUUUGACGCUAUCGACCUGGAUCCGUUUGGCUGUCCAUCUAUCUUUCUCGACUCAGCUGUGCAGAGUGUGAAAAACGGUGGCGUCCUGCUGGUCACUGCCACGGACAUGGCAGUUUUGGCUGGGAACUCGGCUGAAACUUGCUUUGUCAAGUAUGGAGCUGUGUCUCUGCGCUCCAAAUGCUGCCAUGAAAUAGGUCUGAGAAUAUUGCUGCAGUGCAUCUCGUCGCAUGCAAAUCGCUAUGGCAAAUACAUUGAGCCGCUCUUCUCCAUGAGUGCUGACUUCUACGUGCGAGUGGCUGUGAAGGUGCGAAAUGGUGCUAACAAAUGCAAAUACACAACCAGCAAGCUGUCCAUGGUGUACCAGUGCGUUGGGUGCGGCACGUUUACUCUGCAGCCCCUUGGUAACUGCCAGGAGAGGGAGAAGGGUGGGCCCAAGUUCAGUGUGGCCCACGGCCCAACGGUCAAUUCAAGCUGCGAGCACUGCGGACACAGGCACCAUGUCGGUGGUCCAAUUUGGACGGGUCCACUUUAUGCGCAGCAAUUUCUCUUGCGGCUGGCCAACUGGCCGGGAUUAGACGCUCUGGGCACUGCGAAAAGGAUUAGAGGAGUUGUCACUGUCAUGAGGGAAGAACUGGACACGCCUCUCUACUACACAGUUGAUCAACUCUGCAGCCUUUUGAGGGUGGAGGCCAUUCCUACAAUAACCAUUAGGUCAGCCAUUUUAAACGCAGGGUUCAAAGUGUCAUACUCGCACUGCAAAAGUACCUCGCUCAAGACAGACGCUCCAGCUUCGGUAGUUUGGGACGUGAUGCGAGCGUGGGAGAAGGAAAAGCCCACUCGCAGGGAUAAGUUCGCUGAAAACAGUGCUGCUCUGCGCAUUCUCUCCAAGGAGACUAGCAUUGCUGUCGACUUCACGCCUAACAGCGAGGCCAAUCCUCCCUCACGACUGGCAGGCUUGACCAGGUUUCAAAACAAUCCUGCUGCGUUUUGGGGACCAGGAGCCAGGUCACAUGCCAGGCUUUUGGGCGAGGACACACAGUGCAAGAGUAGGCAGAACCAAGGUAAGAGGAAAGCAAAAGAGAUUGCCGAUGGACUACAUGAGCCUAAGACUAUGAAAAAAAGUGAUGAGUGAAAACAGAUUGUAAAUCACAAAUUGAAAACCCCUUUCCUAUCAAAACUAUAAUCAUUGUUAGCUGUGUAAUACAUUUGUACAAAACCUAAAUUUGCAGUUUCAGUGUUUCGUUUUUGCAAAAUAAUAGUUGACAUUCCAGCGGAUUAGUUAAAAUCGAUUUCUAAAUAAAUGCACUUGAAAAAUUCAUUACAAUUACUGCAUCAAGUUUUGUCACAUUCAAUUUCAAAACUAUAAAGCAAUGUAACCAUCAGCAUUACUUGAAGCUCCUUAAUUUUGAGGAAUAUUUUAGUUGGUUGGGUCUUCGUUUCAUUGGUUUC